UCUCUCCCAGGCAGAGCCUCUGGUUUGUAAUCAGAUGACAGGAGCGGAUAAUCCGACGCUACACUCGCUCCGUUUUGUUCACUUCUUCAGAAAGUGAGCGCGAGGAGAAGGAGGAGGAAAGAAGAAGAGAGGAGAAGAGAGGAGAGCACAGGUGAGGGGGAGCAGGGGAAAGAAUGACUGAGGUGGGAGCUUUCCGGGCAGUUGGAGAGGAGAAGGGAAGUGGGAGGCCUUUCAUAAUGGCUGAGGGAAAGCGCCCUGUAUCUGAAAUCUACGCUACUGGCAACCAUCUUGGUUCUGCUGGAGCAGAGAUGGAGGAUGAUCAUGAGCCUCCCAUUAUCUCCUUAUCCAAGAGUUUCACAGACAUGGCAAGUGGACCUCCUCAGAGAAUGGAGCUAGCCUGGUGCUGGCAGGAUAUCCGCAAGAGUGCCAGCAGUUCAGUGUGCCCUCAGAGGCCUGCCAGCAUGGGUGGACCAGUCAGUGGCAUCCCAGUUUCUUUAGAGUUUGAGCAAGGUAGUGCAUGUAGUGGCAACAGCACUCCAGAGACAGUCAUCUGGCAUGGAGGGACCACACGGCCCUGGAGCAUCACAGAGGAUUCACCUGCAAGAAGGACACCAACACAAGAGCUUCUUCUGGGACGACAGCGAGCCUACACGAGUGAAAGGUGCACUCCGUGUUCCCCGUCCGUGCACAGGAACUUAAGGAUGGAGUGUUUGGAGGGCAUGGAGACAUGCUGUCAAGGUAGAGUGACUGGGGAGAACCUGAAAGCUUGCAACUGUUCCAGGAUGGUCUGUGGUGUAGUGUCUCCUGCUCUGGGCAGGUCAUGUCUGAGAAGUGCGCACAGCCUUGUGCAGCAAGGAGUGGAUGCAGACGUUUGCACCUUCAAAGGUGAGGGCCAUGGUUUACCUGGAGCCAAUACUUGCAGGUCUGCCUGUGUUAGCAAUGCACUGAACACUGGCUCUGUGAGGAAUUCUUGUGCUGUUGUACCCUGUGCUGGACAUCUGAUAUCUCUGCCAGCCUGUGGAGGAAGUCCUUGUCCAGGACAGCGGUCACUACUCCAUUCAAAUUUGCUUGGUUUCCCACCACUGGUGUCUUCAGUUAGCGAGACAGGAUUAAACAAUCGGGCUGCAGGUCACUGCUGCAGACCUGAAUUAGGUGGGAAAAACUCCCCUACCAUUAGACUAGAGCACUCCAGCCAAUCUGGGUAUUGCCCUCAGACAGUGAGGGAUGCCUUCACCAUGACAUCGGAGCAUGAUUUCAGAGAAGUUGGGGUGCAAACCAUGUCUACUGAUUCCCUUGUUUCGCCUCUGUCAAAUAUGUUCCCUGAUAUCAGCCUGACUGAUGGUCCUGGUUCAGACACAUCAGAUGUAGGACCCAGGUCCCCAGUGAAGGAGGUGGAGUGGGACGCAGAGGGAAUGACAUGGGAAGUGUACGGGGCAUCUUUGGACCCGGAGGAGCUUGGCUUGGCAAUCCAGCGGCACCUGGAGCUGCAAAUCAAAGAGACUGCAGCCGCUGCUGCUGAGAAGAAAUCUGCGGAAAACAAUUGUACGUCUACGCAACAGAGUAAGAGACAGAGGAAGAGUGGACGUGUGGGGCGAUCACUGCGCAGUACAGCAUGCUGCUCUCGCUCCAAUACUGUGGAAGAUUGAAGAGACAAAAAACUUACAAGUAUAGUUGACCUCCAAUACCUGUAAAAGGCCUUUUUUUACCUCCCAAGCGCUUCUCUUGCUGCCAUGAUAAAUGCUGCCUAAUCAGCCAGCAAGGUCAGAGUCUAUUAAAAAAAAAACAAGCAGAAUCUA